GUUGUAGAUUUGUUGAUUCCGUUCAGGGAGAGACAGUCUUUUGAGAAAUCCAAGAAUUCGUAGUUAUAGGAUGUACAGCUUCACGGGUCAAAGCCAGUAUGGAAGUUAUAAUUCAACUUAUGCAACUUCGCCAGCUGCUGCUGCGGUUUAUAAUGCAACGGUACAGUCGCAGCCGACUCCACAUACUCCUACACUUGGUGCUGCUGUAGGAGCUACAAAUCCGACUAGUGUCUAUGCUAGUUUUUCAAGUGCAGCAGCUCCUACUGCAUCACCCUAUGCUGCGUAUGCGAAUCCUACGGCUGCAGCGGCGUAUGCGCAAUAUGGACAAACUGCAGCGGCUGUAGCAUCUCUGCAGCAGCAACAGCAGCAACAAGUGCAACAGGUUGCAAGGAACUACAGUAAUUUGCAGUUGCAAGCUGCAGCAGCAACUGGUGUUGUAAGUGCAUCUGCAGCGGCAUAUCCAGGGCACACUGCAACACGACUGACGGAUUCAUAUAGUACCGUCGGUUCAGUCCCUUCAACAGGCGGUACUUACACCUCGUUAUCAGAGUAUACGAAUACAUUGCGCACAGCUGCGGCGGCAGCUGUUGCUGCUUCGGCUGCAGCAAAUCCAACAAGCAACAAUUCCUAUGUAGGCGUUACUCGCAUCGGCACAGCAGUAACCAGUCAACCGGCUAACACAUCGUCAACAACCGGAACGAGCAGUUCAAGUAUUUUUCAGAAAUUUUCAACUUCAAAUUACAACAGCUAUGACGCAGCAGUAUAUGCAGCUGCAAGCAGUUAUCUACAAUCAAAAGCGGCAGGUGCAGCAAAUGUAUGGAUGGGAGCUACGAAGAAAUCGAGCACCACUGGUUAUGACGGUGGUUCAAGUUCAUUUUCUGGCAUCACCUCUUCAAAUAUCGCAAUCACUGGCGGUGGUGGUAGUGGCGGUAUCUCAGGACGAGCUGGAUACACUGGAACUAGAGGCCGUGGAACUUUCUCAAACAAACGUUUUGGGCAAGGAAGAUCAGCUGAUAUGCAACAGUUCUAUUGUGAAGUGUGUAAAAUCAGUUGUGCAGGUGCACAGACCUAUAAAGAACAUAUGGAUGGACAAAAACAUAAGAAGAAGGAAGCAAUGCAAAAAGGUGAUGGACAAACAUUAUCUAAAUCACGUGUAUCAUUUCGUUGUGAAACCUGUAACGUCACAUGUACUGGUAAAGAUACUUAUGAAUCUCAUGUGCGCGGAAGUAAGCAUCAGAAAACCGCGAAUUUGAUGAAGAAGUUGGGAAAACCAGUUGCCGAAACACCAACAGUGCUUGCUCCUGGUGAAAAGUCGAACAAACCAGGGGUUCAGGCCGGUGGUACUCCAAUUUCAACAGUUGGUGGUCCCGCUGUACCGACGAAACGCGUUAUCGGUGUACCAACCGUCAAAUUUGUUGGUGGUGAGAAAUUGCAAAGUACAGCCCAAGAACUGGCACGAAAGGCUGCAAAUGCCGCUGAAGCAGCCAUCGAAGCGUCGGGUCAAAAAAGUGCUGCUGUUGAGGCCGCUCUGGCUGCUGAAAAAGAAGUGCAACCGGUUGGAGAAGAUUAUGUUGAAGAAGAAAGGAAUGCAUCCGGCAAACUGAUCCAAUACAGUUGCAAACUGUGCGAUUGUAAAUUCAGUGAUCCAAAUGCCAAAAAUAUCCAUAUCAAAGGACGCAAACAUCGAUUGCAAUAUAAGAUGAAAGUAAAUCCAAAUUUGGUGGUCGAGGUGAAACCCAAUCAAGUUCCACGUGAAAUGCGUAACGAAAUAGCACGCAAGCUGCGUGCACAACGGAUGCAUGUCAUACCGCCCCGUCCGCUCGGUGCUCCACAGCCGCUGCUUAUGCCGUUACCAGCACGUCCAUGGUGCGGAAUCAUGGAUCCUGGAAGACGUGUAGAAACCGUAGAAGAUCGACAUGUCAUGGCUAAACAUCAUUCGAUCUAUCCGGAGGAGUCGCAGUUGACGACUAUUGAAAAACUCGUUUCGGUGACUGAGAAGGCGCUAAAGGCUGUUUCGGACAGUUUAGCACAAGAAGAUACAAAGAAGCCUGAUGACGAAAUAGCAGAGUCGCAAGAAGAAAGAAUCGCAUUACAUUCUACUGAAGCACAGCAAUCUGAUCGCAUUCUAAAAGGAGUUAUGCGUGUUGGUCUUCUAGCUAAAGGGUUGUUACUGAAAACUGACAGAGAGGUUCAAUUGGUUGUACUCUGUUCGCAGCCCCCAACUCGUACAUUGCUAUCAAAAGUAGUGAGAUUGUUGCCGCAAGUUAUAGAGAAAGGUGAAAAUGAAGUGGUAACGGUGAUUGAAAAGCCAGAUGAAAGCGCGUUGUUGUUGAAACAUUCCAGUUCGGAUAUAAUUUGUCGCAUUGUACUAACUUGUGUCUUGCUUCGUGAAGAGCAUUCAGCGGGAGAAGGUGAUGGAGCUACGGCAGCGGCAGGCGCGAAAGCUGCACCGCCAAAGGAUCCUCUGCCGAAGGUCCCUUGCCUGGAAGCGUUGGCUGAACUGAGACACGCCAAAUGGUUCCAGGUUAGAUGUUCGAACUUGCAAUCUGCUGCAAUAACAUUGCGCAUUUUACGAGAUGUUCGCCAACGUGUACAAACUUGGCAACCACUGAGAGACUGGGUGACAGAACUGUUGGUUGAGAAAGUUUUAUCAUCUCUUGGUGCUCCUCUAUCUCCUGGUGAUGCUGUCCGUCGCGUUUUUGAAGCUAUUGCAUCUGGUAUUUUGUUCUCAAGUGGACCUGGACUUAUCGACCCAUGUGAAAAGCAGUCAGUUGAUGUGCUUGCGGAGCUUACCGGACAACAGCGAGAAGAUAUCACAUCCAGUUCUCAGCAUGCAUUACGCCUCAUUGCAUUCAAUCAGAUGUAUAAAGUGCUCGCAAUCGAUCGUUUACCCGAUAUUCGAAAUAGCUAUGGUAGUAGUAAUAGUGGUGCUAGCAGCAGUGGCAGCGGAAAUAUUUUAAAUGAUCGCAAACGUCCACGUGAUUCUAACGCAAGCCUCGAUGAUGGUGAGGUUGCCGAUAUGAAGAAAGACAAGAAGGAUGAUGCAAAGGGUGAAGAAAAGAAAGUGGCUUGAAUGCUGUUAUUCCCCAGUUAUGAUAAGCUAUGAUAGAAUGAUAUAAAAAUUUAUAUACACUUAUAUAUUCUCAGUUAUAAACGAUGAUAUGAUGACAGCGACGAUUGUUGUGCUGAUUUUUUUAGCUGUAUUGACUAUACUUUUUAUAAUAACAGAUUUUGUGGUUUUUAGAUGAUUUCUUCUGAUUAAAAUUAAGGAAAGUUUCCAGUUCAUCUCCUAUUUUAUUACUUAUUUCUUACAAACUUCCAGUGUAUUGCUAUUGUAAUUUUCCAUUCUUUAAAAUUGUACUAUGGUAGGGGUGAAUUGUUUGUCUCGAAGUCUUGUUUAGUAGGUGAAGGUAUACUUACCAUGUUUAAUCUUGUCUCUCGUUCUUCCUAUUUCUUGGAUCAUGUUAUCAUACAUUUCUGGAGCGGAUGUGAAGAUUUCGAUUUCUUGGUGCACAGUUUUCUAAAUUUCAAUUUUACAUAGAGUAAUUUGUGUUUUGAUCGAAAUUUAAUUGCAGUUUUCUCCAUAUAUAUAUUUUUUAAAAUCUGUUUCGUUUAAUGCCUAUUCAGAGUGGAUAAUGUGUUUUUAUGUAAUGUUUGCUAUUCAAAAAAGGAAACAAUUGUCGUAAAAUUUUCAGUACAAUUAGGCUAUCAUGUUUAGAGUUAUCUAAGGACUUUUUAUAGUGAGUGAUGAUCUGAUCGGCUCACUACAACAGUCUCCUUAAUGACAACCAUCUGACAAAUUCAUAAGCAAAGGAAUUGCAGUGUCUGUUUUACGUAUACAUGUGUGAUGUAGAAACUUCACAUUUCCAAUGUUAUUAAUUCUUGAAUAACUGGAGUUGAAAUAUGCAUCGUUCUUUUGUUUUUUCCUCAUCCACUUUACCCACAUUAGUGAAGUUCUUCAUUUUCGGAAUGUUAUUGCUUGGCUCCUUCCUCUUCUCUGUAUUGGUCGAAAAUGAUGUACUUUUUAAAUUAAAUUACUUGUUGACCAAUGUUUUGCAGAAGAAAGCUGG